ACUCAGACAUGCCACUGUAGAGCACAUUCGUCUACAUAAGGUGGCAACACAAAGCUCGUGCCCUCAACAUUUCCAGAUAGCUCAUACGGAGGAGUGAACCUUCCGGCUGAACCGAUCCCACACUUGGACGGCCACCGUUGAAAUCAUCAGCGCUGCAGUAGAGAGCGGGUCACAUCGCGACCAUGCCGCUGUGCCCAACAAGAUCCGCGUCCUGCCUGGCUACGCCGCUGCUGCUGCUUCUCAUCUCAACGUUGGUGGCAGCAACAACGAACGUGGUGGUGGAGGAGCCCGAGGGCUGGGGCCUCAACGUGCAGAAUCUGCGGCGCGGGAUCGAGAAGGUCGACAACUAUCUCGAGUCCAUGGUGGAAUUCUUCGGCGGCUACAACGGGGAGUGCCAGUACCGCUGCAAGCAUGGGGUUGCAGGAGCCGUCCCUGUGCCAAGGAAGGACUACAAGGCGGCGCUGCCCAACGGCUGUGCCACGUCUCUCAUGGGGGUGCAGGCGCUUGACGGGCUGGACCUUGGCAUCCCGUCCAUGACCAAGUGCUGCAAUCAGCUGGACAUCUGCUACGAGUCUUGCGGGGCCAGCAAGAACGUGUGCGACGCUCGCUUCCGCAUCUGUCUCUCCUCCAUCUGCACGGACCUGCGCAAGACCCUCGGAUUUAUCUCCAAAAUCGACGCCUGCGAGACGGGUGCCGAGUUCCUGUACAAGACGGUGACGAGCUUCGGCUGCAAGUCCUUCCUCAACAGCCAGCGAGCCUCGUGCUAUUGCGAGGGCGAGGACAAGGACGAACUAUGAGGCCCCCCCCCCCCCCCCCCGUUGGGUUGAUCCUGCGACACUCGUCAGCCGGACGCCCGUCCACAGCGCACCAGCCAGGCCUCGGACCGCCCUUCCGUGUGUCCUCGGUUAGCCGCGGGUGCAAGCGAGAGGCCCGGCUGUGUCGCUUCAGAGCUCAAGAGCACUGAAGCUGGCACCGCCGAUUAAGCCGGGCCGUGAAGCCCCAAAUUCGUUGCAACAAUUGUUGCAACGAAUUUGGGGGGAUUUUUCUCUCACACUUUAUUUGGCUAAACUUCCCGCUCUGAUCAUUACAAUAUUGGUUGGAUUGUCACGAGAGAGAGAGAGAGAGGGAGUGCGUAGGAAUGUGCCGCUCUCUACUGGGCAGGGAUCUGUGGUAACUCUGUGAUAUCCACUUCCGCGGGCCCAAUCUGACGCGGCGUCGUAGUUGCACCGCGCUGCGAGAGAUUUUAAUGGGUUUUUCAUCUCGCGACGCGAUGCCGAUAGCACAAUCGGGAUAGAAUUGAAAGGGGGGGGGGGGAGGGGGGCGAAUGAACAAACUGAUUUUCGUAUAUUUUUUUAAAGUACGUACGUAUGUUGAACUUCUUUCGCACCGUACGUAGCCAACUAUGCUAAUCGUCGGUGCGGGGGAAGGACAACAAACUAAACGCAAAAAGCAGUUCUAAAGGAAUGAGGUUUGAGUGUUCUCAGCUGUACCAACACAUAGUGGGGAAUUUGUGAUUCGGCUGUCUCUAUUUUGGAGAUUUUUGAAGAUCGAUGUUACGAGGCCGAAAGUGUAAAACAGAAGUUGUUGAUUCUGUUUCACCUGUGUUCAAAUACCACUGCGUAGAUUUGUAAUACUACGGCGUAGGUUUUUCCGCGGUUGUGAUGUAACGCUCUCCGAAACCUCUUAUCUCCACGAACAGAUCGUUCUAAACAUAAACGGCCAAUGAGUGAGUAAAUGAAGUGAUGUCGGUUACAUUGGUUCCUCGCUACCUCGAGACAACUGCUCAUCAAGCCUGCACGUGAUCUAAGCACGACAUUGGAAAUGCCUCUCCGAUGCGCUUCUGGGGUCGUGCGCGCGUGUUGUUCGGCACGACGUCCGACGUUUCGCACCAACGUGUUGGGAGCUUCGUCGGGAACUGAAAUGCAACGCUGAAGUUGUAGCGUUUCUGAAGACGCUCCCGGCAGCUGGGCCAAAAUAUCGGACAUCGGAGCCACCGCAAACACACAACGCUAAACACAAACUUCUCGGACGUCUGCGUUUCUGUGACCACGAUGACCCAGUUAGGACAAUGUUGAUGUGUCAACUAGAAUGUGGGCUGAAAAACUCUUUUUCAGGUCCAGAUUUGUGAAAAUAAGUGACCUAUUUAUUUAUAGGACUCACAUCACACUGGCAACAACAUCCAGACAGGAGUUAUGAAAUGUUUGUAUGUUGAUGAGAGAGAGGAAGCCGAUUUUUCCCCACCGAUGAAUUGAACUAAAUCCGUGGGCUUUGCCGAGUGAAUCCUGCAGAGGGCAGAUGUAUACAGUUAAUCUUCCACACACCACCGCAGUUAACUCCGCCUAAGGGAACGAUGAAUUGCAAUAAACAUUUUGCAAUGCACUGCCACUACGCGUCCAUUCGAAGGCAAUGCCAACGGUGUCACAAAUAAGUCCAUCCCUUUGCCGUGCACACUGUGAAUAUCAUAAUCGGGGUUUUCCCCUUUUUUCCGGCAACAAAACUGAAACCUUUUUACGAGGAUUCAUGUCUGCAUGAACCACAAUACUUGCAGUCAAAAUGCAAACAAAAAACACACUAUGAUAAUAUAUGCAUUGUCCUUGAAACUGAUUGGUACACCAAGGGACGGCUUUCUUUUGAGCCUCGACCCAAUUGGUGCUCGACUGCAAGUAUUGUGGUUAAUGCAGACAUGAAUCCUCGUUAAAAGGUUUCAGUUUUGUUGCCAUAAAAAAGGGGGAAAUCCCCGAUUAUUAUAUUUUGGUACUGGCAAAGGAGGUCUAAUGAUGACUUUGAAUAUCAUUAAUUCAUUUACAUUGUGGCACAGGAGAAGGAUGAUGUGCAUACGUAACGAGCAUCAUUCAUUCGUUUGCGAAGCAUUUCUUUUUCGACAUUUAUUUUGUGACCUUUGUUUUGCCACUUGAGAAUUUACCAUUGUAAUAGUUAACAGUUUACGUUCUAAAUGAAUGAGUUUUUUUUUUUCAAUUAAACCGUACCGGAAAGAAAAUGCA